AUGCCCUGCCCUCUGCUGACCUCCGCUCCUCGCGGACUCCCCUCAGCCAUGGACAGAUAGGCCUUGGGAGAGCUGGAAGCUGGCUCCUCCAAGAAAAUGCAAAGUGUGCUCUGGGGCAAGGGAGGGAGCAGGCCCAAGAGGUAUUCCUUCUUGCCCUUGGAACCCAAACAGCCCAAGCACAGCAGCACUGGGAGGAGAACUGUGGCCAAGAAGACAGGAGAGUUGGAGCCUGUGACCAGUGAAAAUAAGGACCCAAAUAGAAAUGCUGUCCCGCAAGCCCAGCUUUCAACACACAGGCUAGGGAAACCUUGUCUGUUCAUGCAUUGUGGAGAAUUCAGCAGUGGUGAACCGAACCCCAGAGUUCCCCAACCCCCAGGAAGCUCCCAGCCCUUGGACUCCAGCCUUGCACCAUCUGGUGAGCAGGAUCCACCUGUACAGACCCUGGUUCUGGAAAGGCAGCAGCAACCACCUGGAGCACAGGGCUGUCUCCGGUGUGUGCUGCUACGGAAAGAAGUAGAUGAUCUCAAGGAGCAACUAG